AGCGGGGUGCUGAACUAGCACAGUAUGUGUACUCUACCAAAAAUAGAAAAUUUCUUCUAAUCAAUGCAAAACUUUAAAAUUAUACGGUAAUUCCUUGCGAAAUAUAAAUAAUAUCACCUUACACUCUUAUAAAGGACUACUGUGCAUGCAUUAGUGAUAUAAAAUUUAAGUUCGUUAGCUGUAAAUUGUGAAAGAAACAGAAUUUAAAGGAAAUUUUGCCAGAACGAAAAGGCGAUGAACACAUCAAGUUCAGGAGGCUUAGUGAGAAGGCGAACAGCAGCUGAGAGUUCAGAUAAUACUUCUAGCACUUCCGCUGCAAAUAAUGAUCACAAUGACAAUUUUAAAGAUGAUACAGAAAACGAUAAUAUGGAGGAAGCCUCAGAUAAAGAAACAAGAUUGACGUUGAUGGAAGAAGUUUUGUUGUUGGGACUAAAAGAUAAGGAAGGCUACACUUCAUUUUGGAAUGAUUGCAUAUCAAGUGGUCUUCGUGGAUGUAUUUUGAUAGAAUUAGGAUUGCGAGGUCGUGUUGAACUUGAAAAAGCUGGCAUGAGACGACGAGGAUUGUGUACCAGAAAAAUUAUACUGAAAUCUGAUACUCCAACUGGAGAUGUCUUGCUUGACGAAGCUCUUAAACACAUAAAAGAUACAGAUCCACCCGAGACGAUCCAAAGUUGGAUUGAAUAUUUAAGUGGUGAAACAUGGAAUCCUUUGAAACUUCGUUAUCAAUUGAAGAACGUCCGUGAACGACUUGCCAAAAAUCUCGUUGAGAAAGGUGUGCUGACAACAGAAAAGCAAAAUUUCCUUCUUUUUGAUAUGACAACACAUCCUUUGAAUGAUAAUAACGUCAAGACAAAGUUGGUGAAAAAGAUUCAAGAUGCCGUUUUAAGCAAAUGGGUUAAUGAUCCCCAGCGAAUCGAGAAGCGAAUGUUAUCGCUUAUAUUUCUUGCACAUGCCAGUGAUGUACUGGAGAAUGCCUUUGCGCCGCUCAAUGAUGACGAUUAUGAUUUGGCGAUGAGACGUGUACGUGAACUUUUGGACUUGGAUUUCGAAGCUGAAGCAGCAAAAUCAACCACAAAUGACAUCGUAUGGGCAGUUUUCAUGGCGUUCACGAAAUAAUGAUAAAUUUAUCUUUCUUCACUUCGUCCUUUGUUUUUCUUUUAUAUUCUAUUUUGACGGUUGAAUUGGAAUUCCACAAAUUCCUAUUUCAACCAGAUUUCACCAAUAAUUUAGCAAUUUUUAAGAAACACAGGAAACUUGUAUAACUUAUUCCACAAGUUGAUUCACGCGUUAAGAAACAAUUGAAAAUCAAAAUGUGAUUGGUAAAUGAUGAAUGAAACAUCUUUUUUUUACAAGAAAGUGAUUACUUAUUGAGAAUGAUUGACAUUGAAAGGUGAAAUAGUUAAUUAAUAAAAUGAAGGAAAAUUUGUCUUUAGUGAUUUCAAAAGCAACCUUAAAGUACUAUUUGAUCAUUAUGUAUUCCUAUUUCCUAUAAUCCGUUUUUCUCAAUCAACUUAUCAGAAUUAUUAAUUAAUUAUGUAAUAUACAUUUUCUUAAAUAUUCUUCCUUCAGCAUGUCUUUUGGAAUACUUAUUAUAAGCAAGUACCUUAAGAGUGACUGUUAAUGACAACAAAAAUCUCACAAUCAUCUUCGACUCGAGAUUUGUGAAUUGAGAUGAAUUUAUCGAACUUAAACAAUUGUUAAUCAGAAAAUGUUUGACUCGACAAGGCGCACAACGAAGCCCUUUUUUUAUGGUCAUCAAAAUGUUCGAUUUUCUUGGGGAUUUUUCUGUACUAUUUAUGAAUCAUAUGAAUGAAGAAACAAACAUCUCUGCAAUAUUUGUAAUUUGAUAUCCCAUGAAAUCUUUUUUUAUUAUUUUCUGUCCGUGCUUAAAUGUUAAAUUAUGUUUUAAGAAAAGUAAAAAUGAAAAUGAUUUUUCUGGAUUAUAUCUAAUAAACCUUAAAGAAUGAUUUAAUUUUAUUAAGUGACUUGCAUCUGAUGAUGAAGAUUUUAAUCAGAAAAAAUUUUCAAAAAAAAAGAAAGAAGAGGUUUGCAAGUUAUUUUGCAAUAUCUCAUAUUUGUGAUGCAUAAAACUUUUAAAUAAUCCCGUGUCACAAAUAACUUCCUCUUAAUUGAAAAAGAAAAUUAAUUAAGUUUUUUAAAUCACGAUUUUAUUUCGACAUUAUUGGAAUGAUUUGAAAUUUAUAUUUGAAAAGCUCAAUCAUUCCACGAGUGGUACAUUUCCGAAAUAUAAAAUCGACCAGAAUGUUUAAGCAUAAUUGAAAUUGUAGAUGAAAUUGGAAAAAUGAACGUAAAGUUAUUAUAGAUCAGGUGAAACGUAAUAAAAAAUGCGAAGUUGAAUAAAUAAAUAAUAAAAUGAUGA